GCGAUUCAAGAGCGUCAAAGCGCGCAGAUGGUGUGGCGUGCGCACAAUGUGCGCAAAUAUGUUUGCCGUGGCUCCCUGAUCUCACGGCUGUGUCGUAAAAAUCUCGGUGGGGGUUUAGUACACCGCUAUGCCAGUUUCUCCGCGCGAAAGUUCGAGGCAAUUUCGACGUCGUUAUUUUAAUUCAAUGUUUGUAUUGAACAAAACUUGCGCGAGUUUCGUAUGACUGUCUGCUAAAUACUGAGUGGCCGUAAACCCCGUCAACAAGUCAUACGUUUGCCUUAGACUUUUGCGUAACCCGAGUUCGCCUCAUCAACUCGUAUCGCGGGGUCAUGUCCAUUUUUUUCUUGGCCUACAGACGCGAGUAACUUCUGGAAAACUUGCCGAACUGUCAAAAUUCCCGGUGACGACAUUUCUUCGAAAGUGCGUCUUGGCCAUUGACAGGCUUUGUUUAAUGUCCGCCAUUUUUAAAGCGGUGAGAAUGACGCGCGGCCUUCGGUGCUUCGACCUUCUUGAAUCAGUGUAAUCAUGGGACAAACGAGCCCGCGUGUACGUUGAGACGUUGAGCGCGCUGAUAAGCUGCGAAAGGUCCCUGCCCUGCCUCACGCUUUGCGCGGAAACGGACGGAGACGGCGCUACAGAUGGAGAGAGAAAUUUUGUUCGGCGAUCGCCUCCACCUUCCCAGCGGUGGCGGUGGCUCGUCGUGCGAACUCGAGCUCCUCAGGCUUUUGCGAGACGUCGACCUUGCCGUGUUGGAGAGGCACCAGCGCUGGAAGUCCCGGCUCGCCGACGCCGACGACGCGCUGGCGCGACGCGACGCCGAGCUGAAGCAAACGAAACUCGACCUCGCUGCCAGUCGGGCAGAGGCUUCGCAGCUCCGCGACCGCGUCGCGUACCUCGAGUCGCUGGAGGGCGAUUUGGUAGCCAAAUAUGACCGGCGUAUCGGUGAGCUUAAGGAAGACGUGAGCCGAAUCAAGAAACGCUACGGUGAUCUCAAGGCUUCCGCGUCGUCUUCGGACGCCGCCGACUUUUGGAGGAACAGAGCCGUGGAGCUCGAAAAAGAAGUGGCCAGCUUGCGGGAACGAGAGAGGACCAGCAGGGAGGACAGAGCGGAGAAGGGUCCAACCAAGGUGCGGGAACUGGAGCGAGUGGUGUCGGAGAAAGACGGAGUCAUCGACAGGCUCACCGAUAAGGUGACCCAGCUGACCAAGCGCCUUCGUCAGGUCGAGAGCUCCGCGGGGGCUCCUGUCGCGCCGCCGGCUGCUGCCGGUGUCGGAACCAACAGCUGGGACCCGCCUGACCUCGUCGAGCAGUACCUCAAGACGUGUCAGGACGACAGGGCGCUGAAGAACGCCUCGGAGCUGCGGAGCAAGAUCGAACGCCACAUGCAGGAGUUCACUGCGAGGAUGGAGCAGGACAAACGGACGCUGUAGUUUUAUAAACAUUAUGAGUGCUUUUAUUUUCAUUUCUUUUUCUGUAUCUGUUUAUUUUAUUCGUCACAAUAAAGGUCAGUCUAAACAC